AUGGACGUCAACGCCGUCCUCACGGGCACCAUCUCCCCCGACGCUAACGUGCGCGCGGCCGCCGAGCAGCAGCUCAACCAGGCCGCCGACCAGGACUUUCCCGGCUACCUCGUCACCCUCUCCCGCGAACUCGCCAAUGAUCAGGCCGACUCCUCAGUGCGCAUGGCCGCGGGGCUCAUGCUCAAAAACGCCUUUGCAGCCCGUGACUUUGCACGCCUGCGCGACGCCCAGCAGCGAUGGCUCGAACAGAUUGACCCACAGGUCAAGGCACAGAUCAAGGCAUUUGCUCUGCAGACCCUCAACACCAACGAUGUACGGGCUGCACAGUCCGCUGCACAAUUCAUUGCCUCGAUCGCGGCCAUUGAGCUGCCACGCGAGCAGUGGCCAGAGCUCAUGACAACACUGGUGGAGAAUGUGGGAUCCGGCACCGAUCACCAAAAACAGGCCUCUCUCACCACCAUUGGCUUCGUGUGCGAGACGGACGAGCAGGAUCUCAGAGACAGCCUUGCCCAGCACAGUAAUGCCAUCCUCACUGCGGUCGUUCAAGGAGCCCGCAAGGAGGAGCCAAACGCCGAAAUUCGGAACGCUGCCAUCACAGCACUAGGAGAUUCCCUCGAGUUCGUCCGCACCAACUUCGAAAACGAAGGCGAGCGGAACUACAUUAUGCAGGUCAUCUGCGAGGCCACACAAGCAGACGAUCAUCGCAUUCAGCAAGGCGCAUACGGAUGCCUCAACCGUAUCAUGGGCCUAUACUACGAGAAGAUGCGUUUCUACAUGGAAAAGGCAUUGUUCGGUCUCACAAUUCAAGGCAUGAAGAACGAGGAAGAGGAUGUUGCAAAGCUUGCGGUCGAGUUUUGGUGCACAGUCUGCGAGGAGGAAAUCAGCAUCGAAGACGACAACGCCCAAGCACAGUCCGAAGGCAGCACUGAGCUGCGCCCGUACUUCAACUUCGCCCGCGUGGCCACUCAAGAAGUCGUGCCCGUGCUACUUGAACUGCUAGCGAAGCAGGAUGAGGACGCAGGUGACGAUKAAUACAACGUUUCGCGUGCCGCGUAUCAGUGCGUGCAGCUUUGGUCGCAGGCUGUCGGCAGCCAGGUUGUGCCACCAGUCCUCGGAUUCGUCGAGAAGAACUUGAGGAGCGAGGACUGGCACUACCGGGACGCCGCUGUCUCUGCCUUUGGAGCCAUGAUGGAAGGUCCCGACGAGAAGGUCCUCGACCCGCUUGUCAAGCAGGCUCUCCCAGUCCUGAUCAACAUGAUGGCCGACCAGCACAUCCAGGUUCGGGACUCUGCCGCUUUUGCGCUGGGACGCAUUUGCGAGGCAGUUUCGGAUUCCAUUGACCCGAACGAGCAUCUUCAGUCUCYCAUCACAGCCCUCUUCUCAGGUCUCGCAUCACACCCGAAGAUGGCAAGCUCUUGCUGCUGGGCUCUGAUGAACCUUGCGGACCGAUUUGCGGGUGAGCCAGGCUGUCAGACUAACGCUCUGUCACAACACUUUCAAGCCAGUGUACAGCAUCUGCUUCAGCUGACUGAGAGCACCAACGAGAACACCCUCCGCACUGCAGCAUACGAAGUCCUGAAUGCUUUCGUGACCAACGCCGCAAACGAUUCCGUCCAAAUGGUUGCCAGCCUCAGCGAUGUCAUCAUCGACCGCCUCGAGAAGACCAUUCCACUCCUGACCCAGGUCGUCUCUGUUGAGGAUCGUCUUACUCUUGAUGAGAUUCAGACAUCUCUUACUUCUGUGGUCAUGGCAAUCAUUCAGCGUCUGGAGCGUGAAAUCGCACCUCAGGCUGACCGCAUCAUGAAUCUCAUGCUUGGCCUUCUUCAGGCUCUCCCACCAAAGUCCAGCGUCCCAGACACCAUCUUUGCAACGAUUGGCUCCUUGGCCAAUGCCCUUGAGGGUGACUUUGAGAAGUACAUGCAGUCUUUUGAGCCGUUCCUCACGAACGCAUUGAAGAACCAGGAGGAGCCUCAGCUKUGCUCUAUUGCCAUUGGCUUGGUGACGGAUAUCACCCGUGCGCUUGACAGCAAGGUUCAGCCUUUCUGCGAUGCUUUCAUGAACUGCCUGCUAAACAACUUGAGGAGCACGACCUUGGGCAACCAGUUCAAGCCCGCGAUUCUGCAGUCUUUCGGCGAUAUUGCCCAAGCCAUCGGCGGUGCUUUCGAAAGCUACCUUUCCGUCGUUGCGCAAGUCUUGCAGCAAGCAGCUGGUAUCAGCACACAGGAGAACGCUCAGAACUUUGAGAUGCUGGAUUACAUUGUUUCUCUCCGUGAGGGAAUCAUGGAUGCCUGGAGUGGCAUUGUUAUGGCUCUGAGGGCUUCAGAGAAGCAGUCACUUCUUCUCCCAUAUGUGGAGUCGAUCUUCCAGCUGCUGCAGAGCGUCUACAAUGAUCCAAACCGCACCGAGGCGUUACUGAGAUCAAGCAUGGGUGUACUCGGGGACAUUUCCGAGGCCUUCCCCAACGGCGAAGUCGCCCAGUACUUCCGCGCUGAUUGGCUCACUGCCAUGGCUCGCGAAACUCGCGCCAACAAGGAGUUCUCUCAACGAACUCAGGAUACCGCACGCUGGGCCCGUGAGCAGAUCAAGCGUCAAUCUGCUGCUGCAAGCAAUGUGCAGAUGUAG